AUGGCGGAAGAAUAUUCAGAGAGUUUGUUGGAGAGUAAGUACCAUGAGAAUUGUCCAGGGUGCAAGGUUGAUCAGAGAAAAAGGCUUAGCCGAGGAUUCCCUUUCGCCGACCUUUGUAUGGUUUGGAUCAUCGUCCUCUGCACCGCUCUGCCGAUUUCGUCUCUGUUCCCCUUUCUUUACUUUAUGAUUGGUGAUUUAGACAUAGCAAAGACGGAAGAGGACAUUGGAUUCUACGCUGGUUUUGUUGGUUGCUCCUUUAUGCUCGGAAGAACGUUGACAUCUGCCGUCUGGGGAAUAGUGGCUGAUCGUUAUGGUAGAAAACCUGUUAUCCUCAUAGGACUUGCUUCAGUGGUCGUUUUCAAUACUCUGUUUGGCCUAAGUUUGAAUUUCUGGAUGGCCAUCGUUACAAGGUUUUGCCUUGGUAGUUUCAACGGUUUACUUAGUCCUAUAAAGGCAUACGCUAUGGAAAUAUUCCGUGAUGAAUAUCAGAGUUUAGCACUCUCAGCUGUUAGUACAUCAUGGGGCAUUGGACUCAUCAUUGGCCCUGCUAUUGGAGGUUAUCUUGCUCAGCCUGCAAAGCAAUAUCCAAGUUUAUUCUCAGAGGAAUCGAUUUUUGGCAAAUUUCCCUACUUUUUGCCGUGCUUAGCAAUAUCUGCUUUUGCACUUUUUGUAACCAUAUUUUCAUUAUGGAUUCCGGAAUCAUUGCACAAUCACAAGAUUGAUGAUGAUGAUGAUGCUGACAAAGUCUUGUCUCAUGACCCUGAAUCACACAAAGUGGCAAAGAGAGAUGAAAAAACCUCUCUCUGGAAGAACUGGCCACUAGUUUCAUCUAUUAUUGUCUACUGUAUCGUUUCACUCCAUGAUAUGGCUUACACAGAGAUCUUUUCAUUGUGGGCAAACAGCCCGAGGAAAUACGGAGGUUUGGGAUACUCCUCCGCGGAGGUUGGUACUGUUCUUGCAAUUUCAGGCUUUGGUCUCCUUGUCUUUCAGCUUUCGCUCUUCCCCUAUGCUGAGAGGCUUUUAGGACCCGUCAGAAUCACGCGUAUAUCUGAGAUCCUGGCUAUACUUGUCGUAUCAAGUUACCCAUUCAUAGCAAAGUUAUCUGGUUUUGCACUUACCCUGACGCUAAAUUGUGCAUCCGUAGCAAAGAAUGUUCUAGGCACGGCUGCUAUAACUGGCUUAUUCAUCCUCCAAAACAAUGCAGUAAGACAAGACCAAAGAGGAGCAGCUAAUGGAAUUGCCAUGACAGGGAUGUCUCUUUUUAAAGCAAUAGGUCCAGCAGCUGCAGGCAUCAUUUUUUCUUGGAGCGAGAAACGUCAGGAUGCUACUUUUCUCCCUGGCUCCCAAGUUGUAUUCUUUAUUAUCAAUGCAAUCUUGGCACUCGGAGUUCUAUUGACGUUCAAACCGUUUCUAGUUGAACCACAACACUAG